AUGUCGCCGCCGUGUGCCGCGUUCCCACCGUCAAAAUUGGAUAUGCACGUCCAGGCAGAUGUCAAGGGGAAGAAGCGCAAGCUGCCAGGAGGCGCCGAUGUCGACCUGACCAAGUGUGCGUUGAAGGAGAUGACGCAGUACAGGUGCUUUGUCGAGAACUCGCAGUCCCGAAAUAGCCCGGUCCGCUGCAACGGCAAAUCGCAAGACGGCCAUUCUAGUGAGCCAUCAUACCAUCAAUGGUCUCAGGCAUGGGAGGAUGAAUGA